CAACAUCUGAAUUCACUACCUGGCAGUGGUAGUUAAUCACCUUUGGAUAAACACUAAACAGGUACUUGGCUAUUCUAAAAAGUGAUUGAUUUCUGGAGACUCAAAGAGCAAAUGAGGAACUGAAUGCAACGUGGAAGUCCGGAAUAGGACUGAGUUAGCACUUGGCAUAUAUUGAUGAACCCAGGAUUUCACUGGGGAACACAAUUAGCAAAUGAAUAACUGAAGCACUAACUGCUGUUUGGCAUAUUAAGAUCUUUGUAGGAAAGGAUUCUUAUCAGUGCAUUCAUUUGUAAUCUAGAUGCACCAGAGAGUGGAAAAAAUAGGAUUUUGGUUGUUUGAAUCAGAAUUGAUGACUAGGGAGAUAAGGAAUGGAAAGAUUUUUAUGUGAUCAAAAAUUACUGCAUGGAUGCUGAGACGGAUAAUUGUCAAAUUUUGGAUCAUUAGUUUCGAAAUUGCUAUACUGGGAAAUCUGAAAAACCACACAACAGACGAGUUCAGCAUAAUGAUACUUAACUUGCAGUUAGACCAAAUUAUGUGAAGCUAUUUUAUAUUUUAUCUGAGAGGGAAAGUAUAUGUAUGGAGACACUCACUCAAUAAAACACUUCGAAGGAUGGUCAAUGUUUUGAGAGACAUGAAUUUUUUUGGACAAUAAAUCUCCCAGAUUGAUAAAUAUAACAGUUGGACUUUUUAAUAUGGAUUUUAUUAGAUGAAACAGACACUCACUUAGAUACAUGUAGACAAUUUGGAAUUUGUAAAGUUGGAAUUUUGAAAGCCGUCUGCUAUUUAGAAAGGGUAAAAGAUGAGUCAUGUUAGUAGGUGGGAUACCCACCCUCACUCUCAAGGAGUGCAUCCUCAUAGUAGAUCUUCCCGGAGGAGAUUAUCGAAACUUUCUUACGAUCCUGAACCAGAGAAGAAUGAUGAAGAUGUGAUUGGGUUUGCUACUUUACCUGACCAAGUACACAGGAAGGCUGUGAGACGAGGAUUUGACUUCACCCUUAUGGUUGUAGGAGAAUCUGGACUUGGUAAAUCAACACUAGUCAGCAGUCUUUUCCUCACUGACCUUUAUAAAGACAAGAAAACACCAGAUGUUGAAGACAAGAUUUCCAAAACAGUUGAGAUUGAGAAGAAAUACAUGGAAAUUGAAGAAAAAGGAGUAAAAUUGCGAUUAACCAUUGUUGACACACCAGGCUUCAAUGAUGCUGUAAAUGCUAAUGAAUGCUGGAAACCAGUAGCUGGCUAUAUAGACCAACAAUUUGAACAAUAUUUCAAGGAUGAGAGUGGUUUGAAUAGACGAAACAUUAAGGACCAUAGAGUACAUUGUUGUCUUUACUUCAUUUCUCCUUAUGGACACGGGUUACGUCAAGUGGACAUAGAAUUUAUGAAACAACUUCACCACAAAGUCAACAUAGUUCCUAUCAUUGCCAAAGCAGAUACACUCACCACAAAAGAAAUACACAAUUUAAAGUUAAAAAUCUUAGAAGAGGUAGAAAAACACAAGAUUGAGAUUUAUGAAUUCCCAGAAUGUGAUAGUGACGAAGAUGAAGAAUUCAAGCAACAAGAUACAGAUCUCAAAUCUGCCAUUCCAUUUGCUGUGAUAGGCAGCAAUACUGUACUGGAGGUGAAUGGGAAGAAGGUCAGAGGACGUAUGUACCCAUGGGGCAUUGUUGAAGUUGACAACCCCAUCCAUUGUGAUUUUGGGAAGCUGCGCCAGAUGUUGAUUAGCACGCAUAUGCAGGAUUUGAAGGACGUCACCAGAGACAUACAUUAUGAGAACUUCCGAGCUAUAAACCUAGCCGACAAAAUGAAAAAGGACCAGAAAGACAGGAAUAAACUGAAAAGAGAUUCUAGCCCGAAUUUUGAUCAGAUUGUUGCGACAGAUUCCAUUCUGGCCGAAAAAGAUGAAGAAAUUCGCCGCAUGCAGGAGAUGUUGGCAAAGAUGCAGGAACAACUUAAUGUGAAUAAGAAAAGUGCAAUUAAUGGGCAUGGACUACACAACUUGUAGCUUUAAUGU